GGUUGCAAACCCUGCCGGAGGCGUCACGUGAAUUGUGACAGGGAUCGAUCUACGUGUCUCACUUGCAGGGCUGUUGGCACGAUUUGUGAGGGUUCAGCCAGCAAUUGAAAUGGGUUGAAAGCCCCUGCUGAUGCUGUGGCAACGAAUCCAGCAUCAAUUCGACAGGGCACUCAGUGCGGCAGCAUCUAUAUACAGGUAAUUCAAGUCGGGAGUCGAUGAGCAAAGCUUUGCGGUCGGACUUAGCUGAAAAGCCAGUUGAUGAAUCUCUCUCGGAGCUCGACGCCAGAUACCGAGAUAUCACCUCAGACACUGGUAAUGGUCUUGCAAUCGGCCCUUCUAGGGUUUUCAGUCUCGGUCACCUACCUCGUGAAAGCUUACCUUGCAGCGACUCCCCUAAGCCGAAGGCCGAGCGACAAGCCAUUGAUACCUUUCAAGGAGAGAGGGCCUUACCAUCUGUUGAAUCUAUUGGCAGCUCAAGUGACAUGCACACAAUUUUCUGAACUGGCCCGAUAUUUUCAACCUUGAUUUACCGGGCUACGAGAUAUUUCCGCAGACCUUGGACAGUGAUUUUCAAGAGGCUUUCCUUGGCGAUGCUCCUGUGGUGAUGCAGAUCAGCCAGGACAGUAACCACGAAGUUGAAAGCGGCGACAGCCAUCACGGUGUUGUGUCUAACUCUUUGACUUCUAUAUACCGUGAUAAAAGACCAACGUUCACCGAAAUAGACCCCUCAGAAGCGCAACUACUUCUUACUCACUUCAAAGAUUAUAUCAUUUCUCAAUUGCAGAUUAUGCUCAUCGAGAAGGAGUCGCCGUGGGAAACUAACAAUUUGAAUGCUGCUACUAUGACUUUGAGGAGACUGACUUACAUUACUUCACAACCAGAUCACACGCUGCCUCAGCCAAUCUGCAGGCACUAAUAGCUCUCUCUGCAAGAUAC